GUAGUACUGUACUGUGCGAUUUAGAAGGUAUUAUUCAUUUAUUUAUUAUUUAUGUAUUAUUUAUCUUAAUAGUGUUAAAACGGGCAAAAUGAAACCACGCUCACGGGUUUCACACCAACACAGGCAGAAUCACCGGACGAGAGAGUUCAGGGCGCCAGAAACAGCGCUGGUUCACUGUUGCUGUGUCGCCACGAAUCGUACAAAUUUGACAGCUCACGGCUGACAGGCGGGCACUGGCACCAGCUGGCACCAGCUGGCUACCCAAAAGGAAAAGAGUGGGCGUUUUUAAUCAUCUGGCCCUCGCGCCAGCCAGCCACCACAAACAUCACACUUACUCAGAGCACCACUGUAAACUGAGCAUGCGUUGCUCGCUGUAGCUGGCUUAGCGUCCACGGCAAAAGCAAAUAAUCGUCCCACCACGGACAGGGAAGACGAAAAAGGGCUUUUCAGCAGCAGUAGAAGCAACCGCCGGGCGGAUAAACGUUGGUCCCAACCAGGAAAAGAAACGACAGACGGCAACAGAGAAUGGAGAAAGGGUUUUUGUUGGGGUUGGUGGGCGGCUCUCGCACCCUAUUUUGAUUUUGACCUGUGAAUCAAAUUCAUUUUGCCACAGCACUCAAUCUGCCUAAGCGGUUGUUGAUCCUGCUGCCCGCUGCCGUUCAGCCCGCCCACACAACCAGCUUCCCCUCUUUCUCUCUUCCUCUCCCGCUCCUGGCUCGCGGCCCGUCCCCGGUCUCGUCUCCAGCACACACGCGCCCACUGCGCUUCAACAGCCUCUCUUUGCUUUGCAUCCACCCUCUCUUCCAUCGCAUCUGGCGUCUACUAGGCCCCUUGGCUAACCGCAUCCCUAAUUGGAAACGCGCUGCCCGUGGAUACAAAUUCCCUUUGUUUUAUUUUUCCUCCGCUGCCUUGCGCCCCAUCAAACGGGCGCUCGCUCCACCCAAGCCGUCCGUCGCAACGGCUGCUCCCGCGCACUAGCUGCAAAACAGAGUUGCUUAGCCUCUCCACCUUUGAUUUUGGUUGGUUGCGUUGCAGAGGCAAACUCAGGCAGCAAUAUCCCCCGUGCCCGCUAGCUUCCCCUCAUACAGGUUCGUUCUCGUUGGUGGAGCUGGCCACAGUCCAACGGCCGUAGCGUUGCAAAAGUGGACAUUCGCUGGAAUCUCGCCGUUGAGAAAACUAUCGCGAGACAACAGCACCACCGCCGCAGAUCGGAUCCUAGCUGCACGCUGCCUACUAUACGCAGCACGCUAUACUCACCAAGGCUUAGCACCUCUUUUAUAUUCCUGCUUUUUUCCCUAGCCCUUCUCCCUCCCCGCAGGCUUCUCCCAACGGGGUGCGACAACGCGCGCUUAACGCUGGCUCGUCCCAACGCACCCCUCCAAGCACAGGCGCGUGGAGGAAACAUUGGCCCGCGGUGACGGAAAUACACUCAUUGACGGUGGCCAGCAAGGCGCCUAGGAGGUCCAAGUAGGCUAACGACGACUAAGUUGCGGCGUGGCCUCGCUCUGACGCAAGUCGGGGACUAGCGACGACGCAUGGCCACGAUUGAAUCCCCUUUAAACUGCUAGUGACCAUGUCGCUGCCUCCCGAGGCCGACCUGUUUGAGUCUGGCUUGGAUACUUACAAGCCAUCACUUGCUCUACAGGCUCUGCUUCGUCAAUACUUGGAGGCUGCCAGGUCCGAUAUCAAAAUGUCUGCCUCUUCCCCUCCUACUCCCCCUCCCGCUCCCAUGUCCAGCUCAGAGUCUGCUGCCCUGCUCAAUGAGCUCGGCGAGUAUUUCACUCGCACGGCCAAAAUGUGGUCUAGUCUCACUGAACAGCUCAUGCGAGGCCCUCAUAUUGAAGUGGCUAUGAAUGAGGCUCUUGAGCAUUCACAUUCUCAAACAGCAUUUUCCAAUCUCAACGCCGCGGCGGCGAUAGAUCUCGAGAUUGGCAGAUUACGAAAAAUUAGAGAUCUGACAGCAAGAUACUCACAAGAUGUUCAGGCCGUAUGGCGUCCUGGACGUCUACCUCCCAUGCAGAUGGUUGAGCAUAGACCAAGUAUCCCUAUUUCACAUCUAGUGCAGCCAGAUCAUCUGCCGCUGCGAAGUGGAAUUGGCGCUUCUUUUCCUGAUUUCAAAGCACCUAGACCACAGUUCAAUGACCGUCCCUCUAUAAGCUCGUCUCAGAUGGAGGUUGAUACACCACCCGCGCAGCUGGAUGACAAUGACUCCGGCAGCGACGAUGAGGAGGGGUUAUUUGACAGUAUCGAUAUGGAUGCGCUCAAACAGCGUGGCAAAGGAACUUACACAUGUCCAAAAGGUUUGCGGUGUGAAAAGGGCGGCGUGGAAAAUGGUAUGGUCGUCAUCUUUGACCGCAACUCGGCAUAUCUUCAGCAUCUAAAUAAACAUCGGAGGCCAUGGCACUGUGAUGUGCCGGGAUGCCCAAAUCCGCCAAAUAAACGCAAAUUUGCUAGGCGUGAUGGGUUGGAACGGCACAAAAACUCGGUUAAACACUGCUAAGGAAAGGUGAACGGGUUCAGAGACGAGGCGAGUUUCUUAUCACGUACAGGUAGGCCAGCCCAAAUCCGGCUAGCGCAAGGCCACAAGAAACCUGUUCAUGCAUGUCUAUUCCGGCAUGCACGACAUUUGGUGCGAGAUGGAACAUGAUUUGCCAAUCACAGGAAGACGGCGAGGUGCGCACCAACCAGCCUCAUAUGGCUUGGUUCCGUCCAAGAAUGACGGGCUAACUAAUCAGUAAUGGCUUUCGGGGGUCAUCCCUUAGGAAGGACGGGGGUCGGGCACGCCACACCCGCGCCGUCGGAUUAGAGUGCCUUUUACGGCGGAUGGUGGGCAGCUACCUAUGUGCGGAUGCUACCUCACAGACGGCGAGGUGCAUGGCCAGCAACCGCUGCUUAUACAUAGACCGCGACUUUCGGUUUUAAAAUAGCGCCUUAGAGGACUUAUGUAUGACAAAUAAAACGCGGUUCCAUAUC